GACGUGAUAGUGAGUGGCAAUUCCGGCCAGCUCAGCGCCUUCACGCUGUCGAUCCAGCAGUGUAGCUGGGUUUGCUGGCUCCAUUCGGCUCUGUCCCUUUGGAACCAGAACACGGUCCACAAUGGUUCUGCUGACUAUGAUUGCCCGGGUGGCGGAUGGGCUGCUCCUUGCUGCCUCGAUGCAAGAAGAUGAACAGUCGGGUCGGGACCUGCAGCAGUAUCAGAGUCAGGCCAAACUGCUCUUCCGCAAGCUGAAUGAGCAGAGCCCUAAUCGGUGUACGCUGGAGGCCGGAUCCGUGGUAUUCCACUAUGUGAUCGAGCAGGGAGUGUGCUACCUAGCACUGUGUGAAGUAGGAUUCUCCAAGAAGCUGGCCUUUGCCUACCUGGAAGAUCUUCAGACAGAGUUUCAUGAGCGGCACGGGAAGAAGGUCCCCACGGUCUCCCGGCCGUACUCCUUCAUCGAAUUUGACACAUACAUCCAGAAGACAAAGAAGUCGUACAUUGACAACAGGGCGCGUAGGAACCUGGGCAACAUCAACACGGAACUGCAGGAUGUACAGCGAAUCAUGGUGGCUAACAUAGAAGAGGUGCUUCAACGUGGAGAGGCCUUAUCUGCUCUGGAUUCCAAAGCCAGCAACCUGUCCAGCCUCUCCAAGAAGUACCGCAGUGACGCCAAGUACCUGAACACGCGGUCCACAUACGCCAAGCUGGCUGCCGGCGCCGUGGUCUUCAUCACCAUCAUCAUUUACGUUCGCUUUUGGUGGCUGUAAGCUGUAAGUCACCAAAAGCUGUACAUCAGACUGAUGUAAUUAGCUGUAUUAUAUGAAUGUUUUUCUACUAACAGCUUACUCAGACAUCCCUGUAAGUGUUGGUCUACCUGAAUAUGUGCAAAGUAGUUUUUUUUUUUUUAGGGGUAGGUUGUUCUUAUGUAAACAUCAGUCUUUGAAAAGCAGAAUAAUUUACUUAAGUACAUUCCACACUGUACAGUUGUCUGAAAUCACCAGAUAGACCAAUCCUUUUAAUGUAAUGGUGGGGGGUAAAUGGGGGGGUGGUUUGGGCUGCUUUUCUGUGUUCGAUUUCAUCCAGUGUCCAGAAUCAUCAUGAAGAAUCGUUAUGAUCUUUAAUUCACAAUGUAAAUCGUUUUAUUUUAUAAACAUUUUAUGUAUUUGGGGUUAAAAAAAAACUUGUUGGAUAAUGGGGAAAAAAGUUAAUUUCUUGCACAAGCUGCUAUCCUCAAACUUUCUGCCUGACAUUUUAACACUUGCGCCACACACACACACACAUUCCGCAUGUUCCGGGUGCUAGGAAAGGCCGGAACGGCCUUCCCCUCUACACCACAAGGUCAAAGUCAUCUCUCUGGAAAUGAAAAUACAAAGAGCACGUGUCACAGAAUCGCAGGGAUGCAUUAAUUCUGUUGCUUUUACUCAAAGUGUGGCUGUUGUCUCCGAUUCAGUCUGGCGUUUUAUUAAAGCAACCAAAGGUA